AUGCAGGGCGAUACAACGAACGGGAAAAGUUUGGAUAGUACGAGAAUGAACUCAAUGGACGGCAGUAGCAGCAGUCGUGGUAGUGCUGAAGCUAGCAGUGUCGCAGACGAUAUUGAAGGGUACGAGCAAUCUAAGGUGGAACCUUUGGGUGUCCCCCUGCAGCCGGUGAGGACGAGUCUUUUCUCUCCCAGGAUGAAGGGGACGAGGAAGAAGAUUCUCAUAAAGUUUGUACUGGUCAAUUUGUUACUGGGGGCGUUCAUCCUCUCACUGUUGACAGUGUACUGGGGGGCGACAUACAGAACCACUAAACAUUUGCGUAGAGUCACCGUGGUGGCUGUGUUGGAGGAUGAUCCUGUGGAUUCCCCCAUUAGCGAGGGUAUGACAGAUGCCCUGCCAGGUUUGAUUGAUGCUAACCCUUUAGGCUGGAAAAUCUUCAAUACUUCCCAUUUUAUGGCAAAGUACAACUUAGAUAACCGUUCAGAGAUAUCCGAGCGGUUGAUCAAGCUUGUGUACGACGAGAAAUACUGGUUUGCGUUCCACUUGAAACCUAAUAUGACUUUCUCAUUGUAUAACUCUUUGGUCAAUGCGGGGCCCGACACGGUCCGGUUCAAUUCUACCGAGUUUGUGGAUGUGGUCUACGAGACGGGGAGGGAUCCCGCAAGUGUUGCGUCCGUCAUGAUACCGUAUGUGAAGGAACUUCAAAGCCAGUGGAAGAACUACUAUCAAAGCACGUACCUACCUUCGUUCCUUUCCAAUAUUACCAAUACGAACGACUUUCAAGCAAGACCACAAAUGUGGUCUACCCUGGGGGACAUCACAUUCAACUUCAUUGAUUACAGACCCUUCUAUGACCGGAUAAUCUUAUCGCCGUUGCAAGUUGGUAUGAUUUACUGUAUCAUUUUAACGGUUUUCCAGUUUGCUGUCUUCGGUCCAUUGCACAUGGAGAUGGCGCGCGUCUUGAAACCAAAACACAUUUUCAUUUACAGACUGUUCAUGUCGUGGUCAACGUACUUCUUCAUGUCCCUCUUCUUCUGCACCGUUUCAGCAAUGAUGCAGAUCGACUUCACAAGGGCAUUCGGCCGCGGUGGGUUUGUCGUCUACUGGUUUUCCACUUUGCUCGUCAUGGCCGCCGUCGGUGGUGCAAACGAAAACGUUAUAGGUCUCAUUGUAGUGUACGGCCCACAAUAUUUGACUUCAUGGCUGUUGACGUGGAUUAUCAUGAACAUCGCUUCAAGUUUCUACCCACUCGUCCUAAACAACGUUUUUUACAGAUACGGUUACAUGAUGCCUUUGCACAACGGUGUCGAUAUAUUCAAAGUGAUAUUCCUAAACGUAUCGAAACAACAUAUGGGGAGGAACUACGGUAUAUUGGUAGCGUGGAUUGCUGUAAACACCAUCCUUGCUCCUGUAGUGAUGAAAUUCAUCGGUAAAAAGGCGCAACAAAACGGUAAGCUACAAGACCAAGCAGUUUUGAAGAAAUACAAUUUACUGCAGGACAGUUCGUAG